CACAUUCGCGUCGCCCCCUCCGAGGCAGGUCUUGUCGCUGCAGAGAUACAAAAUUCUAUAGCACUACACGCUUUUCGAUUGCGGUGUCCCGCGGCGCCCAGCUCUUCGUCGUCCCUCCCUCGCUCUAGUCGCGACGACAGUCCAACGAGGAUAAAACAGACCAGCGAUGGCUGCCAGACACCGCUCGCCAGGUUUCGGUGACGUCACCAGUAUCAACCUGAACCGCUUGCUGUCGAGGCUAGAUCGAGUAGUGCUGGCAGACCCGUCGCCAGAGUUGCGAAAGUCGAGUUAUGAGCGUGCACGCGUGAGCGCGAACAUUGAACAUGCACGCAUGUUACUCCUCAACCUCGAGCACUCUGCCUCCACGAUACCGUCCAAGUCGAAGAAAGCGGAAUUACAGGCCGAUUUGCAGCAGAAACGCGAGCUCAUCAAGCAGCUUAACCAGCGCAUAUACGAGCUGAAUCAGCUAGACGAUGCGGAGUCGGAUGGAUCUGUACACUCGGACGAAGAAGACGCGGACGAAUUCCCCUCAUAUGCGCCGAGAGUGAAGACAGAGGCGGGUCGCGAUAUUUCAACGCCGGGAGAAAGCAACGAAGCGCUCCAAAACGCUGCACAAGGAUUGGCGUCAGAACUGCGGCGGAGAGGCAAGCCAGGAGCAGAUGGAUCGGAAUCCGGGGCACAGGCAGCCUCUGGCAACUCUCUCUUCCCCUCCAAAGCCACAACGACGACAGGCGACCCAUCACACGCACAAACAGAGGCACUCCUAUCGCACGACCGCAACGAACAGGAAAUGCUCACAACAAGCCUUCUCGACAUGGCGAAGCUCUUGAAGCAGCAAUCGAUCAACUUCAGCAAUGCACUCGAGGGGGACAAGGGUGUGGUGGAUCGAGCCCUGGCCGGAUUAGACAAGAAUACACUGAAUAUGGAUGCUGCUAGUAAAAGGAUGGGUGCAUUGCGGAAAAUGACUGAAGGCAAGGGUUGGUGGGAUCGGAUGAGGCUCUACGGCAUGAUUGCUGGGCUCUGGCUGAUUGCAUUUCUGAUCGUAUUCGUGGGGCCCAAGCGUGUCACGCAUGACCCUGACCCAAGUCAAGUCAAGAUCCAUGCCCCUCUACAUGCUUUGUGCGGAACACGUAUCUUACGGGCACAACACGUAGCUUGCAACUGCAAUUGCACAAUGCUAGAGGCUCCGGGCAUGAUCGGGCAGCCCGAUCUUCACGGCUCAGCUGCCGAUCUGGACCCUGCACGCAACCCGCAUCCUGCACGCAGCCGCUUAGCGUCUCCAAGCUCCAUCUUCUUAUCCAUGGAAAUGUCAUCUCUGGGCUCGCGCUCCCUGAACCACUCCUCUGCUGACACCGAGGCUGAAUACGACCGUCUCCGCGACCUUGCCCGUCAGGAAGCCGCAAAGCGCUCGUCAUGUUUUGACCGCGCGCACCAAGCCUACGAAGCCGGCGAUGGCGCCACCGCGCACGAGCUCUCUCAAGAAGGAAAAAGGCACGCCGAGAAGAUGGAGCAAUACAACCGCCAAGCCCGCGACUUUAUCUUCCGAGAAAACAAUGCCGAGGGACGCGUUGCCAGCGAUACCAUUGACCUCCACGGGCUCUUCGUAGAAGAAGCAGAAGACGUGCUGGAGGAGCGAAUCAAAGUCGCCAGACAGCAAGGACAAACCCAUCUGCACGUCAUUGUCGGCAAGGGCAACCACAGCAAGAACCAUGUGCAGAAGAUCAAACCACGCGUCGAGCAGGUGUGUCAGGAUCUGGGCUUGCAGUACCGCACCGAGGAAAACGAAGGUAGAAUCUUUGUUAACCUGCAGGGCGGCAACGUGGAUGAAAUGCCGCCGCCGCCCCAGGCCCCGAGCUACGGCGGCUAUCCUGGACAGCAUCAUGGUGGACAGCAAGAAUACCAUGGCGGACAACCACAGCAACAUCACCAGCAGCCACAGCAGCAGCAGCAGCAGCAAGAUCAGAAUGACGACAUUGAGCAGAUGGUUAAGAAGGGGCUGCCCAAGUUGCUCAAGGCGCUCAAGUGCUGCACGGUUAUGUAAAUGGGUGUGUUGGAUGUAUCUUUUUUUGGCUUUGGC